GCUUAUUGCAGGUAUCGUAUACUUCCUGGUUCCUUGAUGCUUUCAACUAUGCUAUUGCAACCAACAUGGAUGUGCUAAACUUGAGCAUAGGUGGACCUGAUUACUUGGAUCUCCCAUUUGUAGAGAAGGUUUGGGAAAUCACAGCUAAUAAUAUUAUUAUGGUAUCAGCCAUUGGAAAUGAUGGGCCACUUUAUGGCACUUUAAACAAUCCAGCAGACCAAAGUGAUGUUAUUGGUGUUGGUGGCAUUGAUUAUAGUGAUCACAUAGCCUCAUUUUCCUCACGUGGCAUGAGUACUUGGGAGAUUCCUCAUGGGUAGCAUAUCUUUCUAUUUAUGAUAUUAAUUUAUAUAGAUUGUUUUCGCGCUUAGUUUUGAAUCAAUAAAGACAUCACUACUACUCUUGUCGUUUUCCCUUUUUCUCCAUUUCGACCAACUACGUAAGUUAUUUAUUGAAUCUUUCUUUUUAUUCAGUAAGUCUUCUAGCCCACAAUCUUUUUCAUGUUAAGAAGGAAAAAAAGGAAGCCUGCCUCUCCUGGCUACUGACUUGAUUUAUUUUGCAUGGCCUGUAUUUGCAUUGAUGACAGUGAAACUUAAAUAUGUUUAAUUUUGGAGAACAGCUUCUUAUUAGUGUAACCCAUCCACUAGAAUUUUUUCUUGUAAAUGUUUCAAAGUGUAGGUAUCACCAUACGUAAUCUAUCCCUUCUUCUCAGUGCUGUUCUUAUGAAGAAUUUCAGUCUUUAUACUCAUGCUCACUUGUU